CGCCGCGCGUCGUUACGAGAAUAAAGUUUAGAAAAGUUGCGAGCGUGCGGAAAAGUUGAGUGAACUUCGUGAACGAUAAAACUUUUGCCGUGAUCUUUUCGGUAGAAAGUUGAUGCGCGGAGAAUUAAUUGCGUUAAUAAAGUGCGGAGGCCGGUCGUCGGUGUUUACGGGGUGAGGCGGGCGGGCGCGGGCGCGGGCGGGCGCCGAACGGACACAAAGGAGAGGCGCGGCCGGCGGACGGCGGACCGCGGCUUAUCACCGGCACACAGUCGCCGCGCGCGUCCCGCGACGAACGUCUCGCGACCCGUGCGACCCCGUGCGACCCAAGGACGACCGUCGACUCCGAACUCAUCGCUAGUGUUGCGUGAUAGUGAGUGAAACCCUAAACUGUGAACACGUGCACACUGUGAACGUUUGCGCAUAUCUGCAUCACUUUUAUUGGUUGCCGUGCAGUUUGUAACGAAGCGCAACGGCUGACCUGUCAAAAAUUGUAAACACAACACACGUGCCGGCUCGCAAUAAGCGAGGGGCAAAAAUGACGACGAAGGGCAAGCGCCCUAUGCGCGCCCUCACACCCGGAGAUAAGAUAGAGGCAAUACAGCGAGUCAACGACGGCGAAUCCAAAGCAUCAGUCGCUCGCGACAUCGGUGUGCCGGAGUCGACACUCCGCGGCUGGUGCAAGAACGAGGACAAAUUGCGUUAUAUGACCUCUCGCUUGUCCUCGCCGGACACCGAUAAGAGCAAUGAUGGGGAGCCACCCGAUAAACGCGCGCGGACCGAGUCGCCGACCGCUCCGCAGUCACCCAUCGCGACCGGCCUCGACCUCUCCAGCCCCGCGGCCAUGACGCACAGCGCGCCUCUGCCCGUGCCGCCGCCCGACGCGCCCGUCGAACUGACGACCAAGCGAAGCGAACCAUCACCUCCCGUGCACCCGCCCAGAGAGCGCCGUCCCGAUCCAGGUGCGAGCGUUUCCAUGAGUGCGAUUAGUCCUUUGUCGGGACUCGCACACUUACCUAGCCUCACCCAUUCUCAUCUCGGCUUGAGCUUCAAUGAAAUAGCUACCAAUCUGACUCUGUUGGCACAGCUUAAUCCAGGUUUAUCCGCAUUAUCUGCGCAGCCUGCUAGUCGAGCUUUACGCUCUGUUCGAUCUCCGAAACCGGUCCACAACGGAGUUCUCAAUUUAAACGAAACAAAGCAUCGUAGUAAGUCCAGUCAUUCCUCAGAUCCGUAUCGGCAUAGCGGAUCGAAGUCCAGUCAUCACGGGACAUCACAAUCUUCCGCCGCUCAGCCGGUGGACGAUACGUUAUGGUACUGGUUAAAGACUCAACAGGCUAUGCUCGACUUAACAGCUCAGACGACGGCCGCUCACCCUCUUCAAUUAGGGAAGCCGAGCGAUCCGACCUUACCACAUAAACCGGUGGCUCCGGCGCCCCCCGUCACCUCCCAUCUCGAUUACAAUAGGAAUUCAUGGCUCUGGCAGUAUUACAAACAAUUCGGUGGAGCGAUGCCCCUACCCGAAGAUAAACUUAAAUCAGCAUCUCAGGUUCCGAAGGAUAAAUCUGCAGACAACAUCUUGUACUCACAUCUCACCAAAAGCAAAACGGAAGAAGAUCGAGGCGCGACGAGUCCGAUACACAGUCAAACACAAACGGUCGAAGUUCGCGAAACGGUCACCGUGCCCGAAGAACCGCGAGCGGCGGAGCCUGCGGUGAGCCCCGAAGUCGGAGCCGAAAACAAGGAGCCGGCCACCGAGAGGUCGAACGAGACCGGCAAAAGCCAAACGAAGGCGCGGAACGUGCUGGAUAACCUCCUGUUCAGCAGCAACCAGGCGGCUAGUGAAGAGAAGAAGAGCAACGGGCAUGUGAACGGCGAGUGGGAAGCGGGCACCGCGGCGGCGCUGGAGCACGGCGACAAGUUCCUGGCGUGGCUGGAGUCGAGCGGCGACCCGAGCGUGACGCGCAUGCACGUGCACCAGCUGCGCGCGCUGCUGCACAACCUGCGCACGCGGCGCGCGGCGCUGCCCGUGCACGUGCCCGGCGCGCUGGACGCCGCCCGCCGCAAAUAGACGCCCGGACGCUGCGCGCUCGCUACAGGGAAUAUUUCAAUUACGUGUACAUAGUCGUAUAUACGUCUUCGCCAGUAAGCGUUCACUUGUGAUAUGUGUAGCCAAAUUUGCGUAAUUUCUUUGUUCUAAAAGAAAAGCUAUGCAUUAUUAUCUCUUUAAUUUUAGUCUAGAUUUUAAAUAAGUUAUGAAUCCGACGCUGUUCUCUAUGCUUUGUCGCGCGUUCGCGACGAUAGUUAAUCUAUUUCCGAGUUUAUAUCAGAUGUAAUACAGAUAUAUAGCUAACUUUGUAAAUGGAUGUCAUUGAUCGACGAUCACGUUACUUUUACUAUGCACACAAUCUGUUAUGUGGUUAGAAUAAGUAGUACCGCUGCAUGUUGCCAUUCGACGAUUACAUUCCUACAUGUACUCUACUGUAGUAGUUCGAACCCUAAGUUCUACCUCAAGUCAUGAGCAUAGCUGAUGCUAAGUCAGGGCGUCCUUUCGCCGCUCCCCGACGGGCCCGGCCGGCCGCGAGCCGCUGCUCGUAUCAACUAUACCAAAUAUUGAAAGGACGCUGCGUUCUCGUGUGCCAAUCAUGUGAACAAGGUAAUAUUGUUAAGAUAAUUUAUGACUACUGUGUUAGAGCUAGAUACUCGUAUAAUUGUUUUCUAUUGCUCAGUAUUUUAUAUGGACAAAUGUCUACGUCUCGACUCGGAAUUGUAUAAUAUGUUAAAGUUAACAGUUAAGGACACUGUGAUCAAAAUUAUAAAUUAUUGAGAGAUUAUUAAUAUUGUAAGUACAUUCCUAAUGAAUAGAGUGUAUUAUUGUAAUGUUAAAGAGAUUGUCCAAAUGGUUUAAGUGCGGCAAGAUCUAGGCGCAAAUGAUAAUUCUUCUAGCAGAGUUCAAAUCUCAUUUUCACUGAAAUUAGAUUAGUUAAUUUGCAUUUCUUGUUGAAUAUAUUAGCUCCACUGCAUAUUGUUUGAGAGAUGAUAUUUUGUACAAAAUUUCAAAUUGGAAUUAUUAAAAUUACACUCCUUACAAAACGUUUGUGAACUUGAAAAUGUUGAAGAAUUAAAUAUGAUUGAACUUUA